AUGGCGGUCCUCGCACCUUUAAUUGCUCUAGUGUAUUCGGUGCCACGACUUUCACGAUGGCUGGCCCGACCUUACUAUUUUCUGUCCGCCCUGCUUUCUGUCGCCUUCCUACUGGUGAGGAAGCUGCCACCGGUCUGCAGCAGUCUCCCCACGCAACGCGAAGACGGCAACCCGUGUGACUUUGACUGGAGAGAAGUAGAGAUCCUGAUGUUUCUCAGUGCCAUUGUGAUGAUGAAGAACCGUAGAUCCAUCACCGUGGAGCAACAUAUAGGCAACAUCUUCAUGUUUAGUAAAGUGGCCAACACUAUUCUUUUCUUCCGCCUGGAUAUUCGCAUGGGCCUGCUUUACAUCACCCUCUGCAUAGUGUUCCUGAUGACGUGCAAACCCCCCCUGUAUAUGGGCCCUGAGUACAUCAAAUACUUCAAUGAUAAAACCAUUGAUGAGGAGCUGGAGCGGGACAAGAGGGUCACUUGGAUUGUGGAGUUCUUUGCCAAUUGGUCUAAUGACUGCCAGUCGUUUGCUCCUAUCUACGCUGACCUCUCCCUCAAGUACAACUGUACAGGGCUAAAUUUUGGCAAGGUGGAUGUUGGACGCUACACUGAUGUCAGUACGCGGUACAAAGUGAGCACAUCGCCCCUCACCAAGCAGCUCCCUACCCUGAUCCUCUUCCAAGGUGGCAAGGAGGUAAUGCGGCGGCCACAGAUUGACAAGAAGGGACGUGCUGUCUCUUGGACCUUCUCUGAGGAGAAUGUGAUCCGAGAAUUCAACUUGAAUGAGCUAUACCAGAGGGCCAAGAAGCUGUCAAAGGCUGGAGACAGUGUCCCUGAGGAGCAGCCUGAGGCCCGACCCCCCACCACAGUGCCAGAUGGGGAAAGGAAGAAAGACAAAUAGGAUCCUCACUAACAGUGCUCCCUCUCCUUUCAGUCCCUUCCUUGGCACCUUUGAGGCUCUGCCCCCUCUGUAGCCACCAGUCUUGCCUGUGGCUGUGGCCUUUUGUUAUUGGCUUUGCCUGGUGCAGCGUGGUACCGCUUCUGAUUUUAAAGAGGCACGUAGGGAUUGUCAGGCAUCCAGGGAGGCCUCCCUCUGGGGGGCCAACUAUUUCACUGGAGAAAGGAAGAGGAGGGAAAUGGUUUCCCUCCAAGCUUGGAUUUUUUUUUUUUCCCCUUUUCCACCUGGCUUGGAUCAGUGUGUCACCAGCAACCAGUCACACAUCUUCACCACUCCUUGGUCCCACUAGUCCUCAUAGUGGACCUCCCCAGCCUACUUAGAUUAAACCUAAUAUAAGAUUUUGCUGGGGUACACAGACAGUUUUAAAAGUUUCCCUUAUAAGUCUCCACAUCCCUGUUUCCUUAGACCCUUCUAGGCUUGGUCUAUGGCCUUCAUUAAAAAGCAUAGGCUUAACUUUGUUGCUGGUCCUGAGGAGAAAUUUUUAACCAGAGUUUUUCUCAUCGAGAAUAGUAUUGAAUAAUUCCCCUAUUUCAUAGGAGUUGGGAGGAGGGGGCGGGGAUAGAGGCUUGAGACGUUCCUUUGUGUGGGAUCGGGAGGAGAAAAUCCCCUGGACUGAGGUUUCAUUUACCCUCCUACCUGCUCCCCACCAUAAGUAGGUGUUUAAACAUAAUAAAGAGAUUGGGAGUUCCUUUUGAUUGUG